CAGAUUACGGCCAAUAAUCAUGCUUUAAUUUCAUUAAUCAUCAAAGAAAACUGUUAUCGUUACAAUUAUAAUCGAAUUUUAUUAAAUAAAUUUUCCUGACACUUUUCCAAUUGAACAGAAAGAAGAAAUAAUCUUAUAAACCUUACGAGUGUGUCGACUUAGGUAGUGGAAAAUCCCUUGAUCUGAAUCAUUUGCUGUGUUAAGUGAAACAUAAAAAAAUUAUCCUUCCGAUACGGGCAAGUCUGUGAAGCAACUGACGUCGCGAGGACAUAAAUUAUUUAUACUUACCAACAGAUUCUUGCGUAGCUAAAAGUACUGAAAAUUCGAGAAAGAAGAUAAGACAAAUAUUUCCUUCUUUCUCUUUCCUUUAUUUGUCUCUCGUUUCUUAAAUGAAAAUGUAGAAUAGCAGAAGAAGAUAUGCCAUAAAUUUUCAUCGUUUUUGAAGCGUCUAGAUACUAACAUACCUUAAAAAGAAGAAAAAGGACAUAAAAAUAUUUUUCACUUCUCCCUUUUGAUCAAAAAAGAAAACAAAACUUAUAUUUAUUCAGUGUAUGUAUGUUGCUUUGGUGUUUAAGAAGCACACAUUGUGUUGCGUUAUGUGAUGUGAUGUGAAUAAAUUGUGAUAAAUGAAAUAAAAAGAAGAUAAUAGAGAAGAGUUAUUAAUAUGUGGCACUUAGUCUUGAUAAGAAAUCAUAAAAAUCGAUUAACAUUCGAUUGAUGCAGGGACAAUUCGAGAUUGAUGGAGUCUUCAUUGAAUCAGCUUGAAACAAAUGAUACAAAGUCAAGCUCGUCAUUGAACUCAUUACAAAUAAAGACUCAACCAUCUCCAUCCACUUCAAUAUCGUCACUAAGUGAACUAUCACCUUUAUCGUCAGAGAUUGUUGCUAACAGUCCAAGUGCGUCAUCAUCACAAUCAACGACAGAUUUAAACGAAGUAAAUUCAGCAGGUGAGUUAAAAAUAUCAUCAAAUCUUAAUCUGUUGCGAUUUUGUUGGUUGCGAAGCUCAGAAAUAAAGCUUUCAACAUUUACUUAA